CCAGUCGGAGAUUUCUGUCAGAUCACAACAUGAAGGGCCUCGUGGUGAUUGCUGCACUAGCUGUGGUGGGCUCAGCUGCCCCCGGCAACUAUGCCAACCUCAGGAGUGCUGCUUUCCCCGCUGGCCUGGGUGCCAUCGCUGCCCCCGUCGAGCUCAAGACCAUCAAGGUGGAUGAGGUCAAGUCCACUCCUGUGACCGCGAACCACGCUGCUGUGACCUACUCAGCUGGCGCCAUCGCCGCUCCUCUUGGCUAUGCUGCCCACGGCUAUGCUGCCCACGGCUUCGCUGCCCCCGCAGCUGUGGCUGUGAAGGCUGCUGCCCCCUUAAAGCUCAAGACCAUCAAGGUGGAUGAGGUUGAGGCUGCUCCUCUAACCUCGAACCACGCUGCUGUGACCUACUCGACUGGCGCCAUCGCCGCUCCUCUUGGCUAUGCUGCCCACGGCUAUGCUGCCCACGGCUUCGCUGCCCCCGCCGCUGUGGCUGUGAAGGCUGCCGCCCCCGCGCACUUCAAGACCAUCAAGGUGGAUGAGGUCAAGGCCGCCCCCGUGGCCGCAAGCCAUGCUGCUCUGACCUACUCCGCUGGUGCCAUCGCCGCUCCCGUGGGCUACGCUGCCCACGGCUAUGCUGCCCACGGCUACGCUGCCCCCGCUGCUGUGGCUGUGAAGGCUGCUGCCCCUGUGGAGCUCAAGACUAUUAAGGUGGAAGAGGUCAAGGCUGCUGCUGCUCCGGUGGCAUAUGCCAGCCAUGCCGCUGUGGCUGUGAAGGCUGCCCCGGCUGUGGCUGUCGCUGCCCCCGCCGUCACCUACGCCGCCGCCGCCCCCGCCAUCGUCCGUCAGGAGGUCGAGAUCCCCGUCACCAAGACGGUCCACUACGCUGACGAGCAGGUCGUCACUGGAUAUACCACGAGCAUCCACAAGCCGGCCAUUGCUGCCCCCGUCAUCGCUGCCCCCAGGACCCUGGUUGGCAAGACCGUCACCAACCCGGCCACCGUUAGCGUGCAAAAGUACGCCGCUGAGGUCAAGACCAUCAACCACGUGCCCCAGCCGUACGAUGUGCCUUACGAUGUGCCUGAGCCGUACGCCGUGCCCACCCCCGUGCACACGGCCCCCGUGGAGGUGAGGAAGCGCGUUUACGCCCCGGCCGCCUACGCCGCCCCUGUGGUCCAGGCUGCCCCGGCCGCCGUUGCUGUCAAGGCUGCUCCCGCCGUUGCCGUUAAGGCUGCCCCUGUGGCCUACGCUGCCCACGGCUACGCUGCCCCGGCCGCUGUUGCCGUCAAGGCUGCCCCCGCCGCCGUAGCCGUUAAGGCUGCCCCCGUGGCCUACGCUGCCCAUGGCUUCGCUGCCCCGGCUGCUGUUGCCGUCAAGGCUGCCCCCGCCACCGUUGCCGUCAAGACCGCCCCCGUGGCCUACGCUGCCCACGGCUUCGCUGCCCCGGCCGCUGUUGCCGUCAAGGCUGCUCACGCCGCCGUAGCCGUUAAGGCUGCCCCCGUGGCCUACGCUGCCCACGGCUUCGCUGCCCCGGCCGCUGUUGCCGUCAAGGCUGCCCCCGCCAGUGUUGCCGUUAAGGCCGCCCCUGUGGCCUACGCUGCUCACGGCUACGCUGCCCCUGCUGCCAUUGCCCUCAAGGCUGCCCCCGCUGCUGCGGAGAUCAAGUCCGACAAACCGGCCGUCCACGCCUGGUAAAUUGAUGGACAAGUGCGUCACGCGGUUGGUGUUGCAGCCCAGCGCGAGGGUUGGUUGGUUUGACGCGCGUCGGCUCGUACGGCGAGGACUGUAGGUGUAAGAGUGGUGUCAGUGUGUGGUGCCCUACCAUGUUGUGAUCAUCUUCCUCAAUAUACUUCCAUCUCCAUCA